AUGAAUGAAAACUACAUUCCUGAACCUGACUUCCAGGAGGGUUGCUGCUCCCUGUGCAGAGGAUAUCUAGAUUUUGGAUUUAUAGACGCUCUGUUUAUUGAUAUUCCAGAAGAGAACAUUUUUGAUGAUUUGACCAAAGGGAAAAAUGUCCUUGAACCGAAGGACUAUGUUUGUGGAAGAACAAGCGAUUUGGAUAAACUGUAUUCCAUGACCCCAUGCUGGACAACGGUUUGCCGAGCUAUCGUUCAGGUCGGCGAGAAAAAUAGUCGAAAAUUCCAUCUCUGUGGAGUCGGCCUAACAACGUACACAGAUGAAUUUAUUUUGCGUCUCCCAAGAGACGACAAUAAAUUCUUCUUUGGUCCGCACUGGGAAUGCCCCGAAGAAUUAAUCGAGGCUUACAUAGACCCUUUAGAUGAGAUAUUAGAGUAUGAGGUCCCACGAACGUAUAUGAUCCAUGAACGCUGCUGGCAAUUGAUGACUCGUGUUCUUGACGUGGAAUUGAUUAAGGAACAUUUGGAUCUGUUCGUCAAGGCACUCCGUGAAUUCUUUUAUCUGCUGCAAGCGACGAGUCACCCCAACCUAGAACAUCUUGCUUGGCUUUACCAAGCAUUUAAAAAUCCCGAUGAGAUAUUGGCACUGAGUGAUCCUUGGCGAAUUCCAGAGGUUCGAGACAUGCUCCUCGAGGCAGAAAAAUCUUUUGGUCGUGAGAAAAUCAGGGAAAUCUCAGGUGAAAAAAUCGAGGCUCACUCAAUUCCAGGUCGUGAACUGAGCAUAAGACCACCAAAGAUCAACAAUUCCCAGACCGUCCGGAUUAUGCUUCCUCCAGAACUAGUCACGAUGAUUAUGGAUUUUCUUCCCACUUGCGGGGAAAUACGAUUGCUGAUAUUGGCAUUUCCACAAUGGCGUUCGAUUGUGCCGCACAGCUACUGGCGCCGUCGAUUUGUCAACGACAUCCUUUUGCCUAUUGACGAAGUUCCGGGACUGGAUGCAUUGGACUGGGAGAAACUUUAUUUGCAGACCGACGAUGUUUUCCAAAAGUCUCAUGGAUUACAAAACCAACGUCGAAUUAUGAAGGCUACCGAGAUAGUCAAAGAAAUCUUUUUGAAUAGCUUGGACGAUGAACAUAGCCCGUCAAAACAGUAUUUUCCUAAAUUACUUGAACUCUAG